AUGACCGUCAAUCAGACAAGCAUCGAGAAGCGUGGCGAGGAAAUCCUCAACAUCUUCAACACGGCCUUUGGAGACCUCCUCGCCAACGACCCUGCUGCUUUCCAGGGCAAGUUCCGCAAGAUGGCAGCCUCAGCCUUUGCUUUCUAUCGUGGAUCUGCUUGUCUCUUCUACCACGAUGUCGAGCUCGGGGAGCAGAAUGGACCUUUCUUGGACGACAAAACCAAGAAAAUUUGGAUUCACGGUGAUUUACAUGCAGAGAACUUCGGCAGCUAUAUGGACUCCCAGGGCAGUUUAAUCUUUAACGUCAAUGAUUUCGACGAGGCCUAUGUUGGCCCCUUCACCUGGGACAUAAUGCGCUUCUCCGCCUCUAUCGCUCUUAUUGGAUACGCCAAAGCUCUCAGCGACCAGCAGAUUACGAAGCUCGUGACGGCAUACGCCGAAGCGUACCGUGAACGCAUCCAUACCCUAGCUGCCCACAAAGGCCAAGACGAUGCGGCACCGCGCUUCACCCUGGAUACCGCUCAAGGCCCAUUGCUAGAGGUCCUGCACACUGCUCGCGCACAAACACGGAUUGGAUUGCUUAACGGGAUGACGGAAAUCCACGAUUCGGAGCGGCGGUUCACUCCCGGUGGUGGCGCAAUCCAGCUGGACUCUGCCACACGCGACAAGGUCGUGAAGGCGUACCACCGCUAUCUCGAGACACUUCCCAAGUCGUGGCACAUCUGUCCUGGCCAGUACCGCAUCAAGGAUAUCGUGGGCCGUCGUGGUGUAGGUAUUGGCUCUGCAGGUCUCCCGUCCUACAACCUUCUGCUUGAAGGCACGAGCCAGGCGCUCGAGAACGACGUGGUGAUCUACAUGAAACAGUCCGCUGCGGCCGCGGUCUCGCGACACGUCGAAAAUGCCGCCGCCGCCGCCUAUUUCCACCAUGAGGGCCACCGGACUGUCAUCUCGCAGCGUGCUCUGCAGGCGCACGCCGACUCUCGGCUCGGCUGGACCGAGAUCGAUGGUGUGGGCCACCUGGUUGCGGAGGUCUCUCCUUACGCCGUGGACCUGGACUGGUCCGAAAUCAACGACGUGGAGAAGAUGGCCGCAGUGGCUGCUGAUCUUGGGCGGGCCACCGCUAUGAUGCACGCCGCUGGGGAUGAUGAUGAACUUCACUCGGGGCUCGUGCCUUUCUCACCCGAGCAAGCCAUUGAUGCUUGUAUCUCAGCUGAUGAGUCCCGCUUUGCAGACUUCCUCAUCAAGUUUGCCCAUGAGUACAGCGCGCAGACUCGCCGAGACCACCAGAUCUUCAUCGAUCUGUUCCGCAAUGGCCGCAUUCCUGGCUUACCCACUGACAGUGACUGA